UCGGCUCUCUCACCACAGCCCAAACAUCUUGCCACAAUCCAAGGGUUCCUUUUAUUUUUUUUCCCUGUUGCCACAUUCACAAAGAGAGUGUUCCGGUAGCAUUGGCUCUCACACGUUUGUAAACUCGAAAGCGCAAGGAUGGUGAACCUGGUGGAGGCGCAGAAGCCGCUGCUGCACUUCCUGGUCCGGAGGGCCGGGCUGCGGCAGCACACCGUCGAUGUCGACGGCGCAGGCACGGUCAUCACCUUCUGGGUGCCCAAGGACAAGGUGCCCAAGGAGAAGCCCACCGUGCGGGACGUCACGCCCGGGCCAGCUUCUGCCGAUGAGGCCACCAACAAGCUGCCGCCGCCGCCGCCGCCGGUGGCGAAGAAUGACAGGCCCGCCGUCGUGCUCGUGCACGGCUUCGCCGCCGAGGGCAUCGUGACCUGGCAGUUCCAGGUGGGCGCGCUGGCGAAGCACUACGACGUGUACGUGCCGGACCUGCUCUACUUCGGGGGUUCGACGUCGCCGUCGUCGGACCGGUCCCCGGGGUUCCAGGCGGAGUGCCUGGCGGCGGCGCUCCGGAAGCUGGGCGUGGGGUCCUGCGCGGUGGUCGGGUUCAGCUACGGCGGGAUGGUGUCGUUCAAGAUGGCGGAGGCGCACCCGGACCUGGUGCGGUCGCUCGUGGUGUCGGGCUCCGUCGUGGCCAUGACCGACUCCAUCAGCGAGACGACGCUGGAGCGGAUCGGCGUCAAGUCGUCGGCGGAGCUGCUGCUGCCGGAGUCCGUCAAGGGGCUCAAGGCGCUGCUCUCCAUCGCCACCCACCGGAAGCUCUGGUUCCCCGACCGCCUCCACAGGGACUACCUCGAGGUGAUGUUCACCAACCGCAAGGAGAGAGCGGAGCUGCUGGAAGGUUUGGUGGUCAGCAACAAAGACGCCACCGUCCCCGUCUUGCCGCAGAAAAUACUUCUGCUGUGGGGAGAGAACGACAACAUCUUCAACAUCGAGCUCGCCAAGGCAAUGAAAGAGCAGCUGGGCGAGAAGACGAUGCUGCAGAGCAUAAGGAAGGCAGGGCAUCUCGUGCACCUGGAGAGGCCCUGCGUCUACAACCGAUGCCUCAAGGAGUUCCUCGCGUCCGUCACGGCCACCGAAACCACCAAGCAGUGACGACAGUGUUGGAAAUUGUGAGCUAUGUGGUCUACCCUCUAUUCCUCUGUCUUAUCCGUGGUACCGCUCACAAUGCAUAAUGAGGUUAGAGGGUAGGGACCUAUUUAUAGACUCCACUUUCAUAUGUAACAAAUAUUCCAUCUGUGUUACGGAGAAAUCCGUGUGACUCCUGAACCAUGUCACCAACCAUGAUCAGACAAGUCGGUUUAAUGAGUUUAAAAUAUAUUAGUUCCUAGCACACAUGAGUGAAUCAUGUGCCAUGAUCAGUUAUAUAUAUGAGAUCAAUUCCAAUCUGAUCUCUUGGGUUAACAACCUGCAGAGCCGAUCCUGCAAAACAAACCCAACUCUUCCGUCA